CUUCAACUCUUACUACUGCUAAUGUCAGUGAUGGUCCUGUGAAAUCGUAUCGUUUGAGUGUCUCUGUACUCGAGAAUUUCCGGUGAACACAGGCUAGCUCACCCGGUUCCAAGUCGGCAUAUAUUACAAGAGUCUUCGAGGAUAGCACGAGUCGACAUGAAACGAGAGUUGGUAGCUAACUCCCGGAAGUUGAUUCCCACAUGCUUGCGCUCGAUGUCCAGACUGGACCGUUCGAGACCAUCACGCGUCGUGGUACGGUUUCCAUCCGUAUAAAGGGACCAAGACGAACGACACCGUUGUCCGUCCUCUUUGCCAUGUCUCUCAAUGCUACAGUCGCUGUCGAGUCCCUCUACGCUGACACAGACCUCCAGUCAUUAAACUGGGUCGAACAGCAAUGGGUCGCAUGGUAUGUCUGGAUUGGCAAUCCAGUCAUCGCGACUGGCUUAAUGAGUUUCUUGAUGCAUGAGAUCGUUUACUUUGGACGCUGCAUACCAUGGAUAAUCAUUGACGCUAUACCCUACUUCCGCCGGUGGAAGCUACAGCCUACGAAAAUACCUUCAGUACAGGACCAAUGGGAAUGCACAAAGCUGGUUCUCUUCUCUCACUUCACCAUCGAGCUACCCCAGAUCUGGCUGUUCCAUCCCUUGGCCGAGUCCAUUGGGAAUGUCCACCUAUCAAGUCCCGUUCCCUUCUCCAAAGACGAUGUUACCUCAAAUUCUAUUCUUCUUCUUCUUCGAAGAUCUAUGGCACUUUGGGGGGUGUCUUUUACAAGUAUAUCCAUAAGGUCCAUCAUCGGUAUGCUGCGCCCUUCGGUCUUGCCGCAGAGUACGCGCACCCCUGCGGAAGUUAUGUGUCUAGGUAUGGGGACUCUUGCUGGUCCCCUUCUCUACUGUGCCUUCACUCGCGAUUUCCACAUCAUGACCAUGUAUAUCUGGAUUACCCUUCGCCUCUUCCAAGCUGUGGACUCUCACAGCGGUUAUGGUGUGUUGCCCGUAGGCAAAUCCUUACUUCCCUUGGUCCCUCCAGCACAUUCCUACCAUUUUGGGCGGGUGCUGAACACCACUGAUUUCCAUCAUAUGACCUUCACAAACAAUUUCUCUUCCUCGUUUCCUCGUCUACGUGCCGCCAAGUACGCGAACAAGAACGCCACCGAAGAGGAGCGGCUAGCAUAUGAGCGCAAGGUAAUGGCUCAGGUGGAGGCUGAGGGCCUUGCCGCUGAAGCGGCCCUCGAGAACAGUGUUGGUAAAGGGAAACAGGAUUAA